ACUGGCUGCUUGGAGGCUGGAAGCUGGAGCCCGGCUGGGAGGCGGCUAAGACGCGCUCCCCGGCGCCCGGGAGCCCUCCCCAGAUCUCAUGGAGCACACACACUUCCAUCUCGCCAACAGCUCGCUCCUCUCGCACCACCGCUAUGCCUGCGGCUUGGGUUUCGUGCCGGUUGUCUACUAUAGCCUGCUGCUCUGCCUUGGCUUGCCAGCCAACAUCCUAACUGUGAUUAUCCUGUCCCAGCUAGUGGCGCGGAGACAGAAGUCAUCCUACAACUAUCUCUUAGCCCUUGCUGCUGCUGACAUCAUGGUCCUCUUCUUCAUUGUGUUUGUAGAUUUUUUGCUGGAAGAUUUUAUCUUAAACAAACAGAUGCCUCAUGUCCCAGACAAAAUCAUAGAAGUUCUGGAAUUUUCUUCCAUCCACACUUCCAUUUGGAUUACUGUCCCAUUAACUAUUGACAGGUAUAUUGCAGUCUGCCAUCCACUCAAAUACCACACUGUCUCCUAUCCAGCUCGCACUCGAAAAGUCAUCGUAAGUGUUUACAUUACCUGCUUUCUGACGAGCAUCCCAUAUUACUGGUGGCCCAAUAUAUGGAUUGAAGACUAUAUCAGUACUUCUAUGCACCAUGUCCUCAUCUGGGUUCACUGCUUCACCGUGUACCUGGUGCCCUGCUCCAUUUUUUUCAUCUUGAAUUCUAUCAUUGUAUACAAACUUAGGCGAAAAAGUAAUUUCAGACUCCGUGGCUACUCCACAGGAAAAACCACAGCUAUCCUGUUCACCAUCACCUCCAUUUUUGCCACACUUUGGGCUCCCAGAAUCAUAAUGAUCCUCUAUCACCUUUAUGUGUCACCUAUCCACAAUAGCUGGUUGGUUCAUAUUAUAUCAGACAUUGCCAACAUGCUGGCCCUGUUGAACACUGCAAUCAACUUCUUCCUCUAUUGUUUUAUCAGCAAGCGAUUCCGUACCAUGGCAGCUGGAACACUCAAAGCUUUCUUUAAGUGUCAAAAGCAGCCUGUCCAGUUCUAUACCAAUCAUAACUUCUCAAUAACCAGUAGUCCCUGGAUUUCACCAGCCAAUUCCCACUGUAUCAAAAUGCUGGUUUAUCAAUAUGAUAAAAAUGGGAAGCCUAUAAAAGUAUCCCCAUGAUCAGGGAGCUAUUUCCACUUCUGCUCCAUUUAGUGGAGCUCUAAGAUCUUUACAUUAUACUUGCUGAAACUUCUCUUCUCAAGAGUAGCAAUCAGAUUCCAUGUCUCCAUAGCCUGAAAGACUAUCAAACUGUAGGAAUGAAUGCAUAUUAGGCUGGUAGAAAAGGAAGAGAAGCAUGAUUAUUUUUGGCGAGUCAUGUUAAGAGCAAAAGUCCCUGCCAAUUUGAUACCUCUAGGGAGGGCAGGAGUACUCUGCUCUUGGGUUGGUAUGGACCAAUGGCAUAAUAAAAUUGUACAUGGUCAUGUUUC